AUGCAGCAGUUUUGGGGUCUAGAAAGAAUCAGAGCAGCAGCAGGGAACUUGGUGGGGUGUACAUACACCUCAAAGACCCAAGUUGAAGCAGCAGCCGCUAAUGCUGAUGCUACAUAUAAGCAGCAGCAGCAGCAGCAAAAGAAGCAGCGACAGGAGAAAAUGGAGCAACAGCAGCAGCAGCAGAAUAUGCAGCCGCAGCAGCAGCAGCAGCAGCAGCAGUUUCUGCUGCAGGGGCUUAGAAGCCACUGCGUGCGACCGCCUGCGCGGGCUCUGCUGCUGCGUCUGCUGCAGCCGCUGCUGCUGCUGCUGCUGCUGCUGCCGCUGCUGCCAGCAGCAGCAGCAGCAGCAAAUCAAGUUUGUGCUGCUGGGUCUUUCUUCGAUGGGGCUGCAUGCGUUAAAUGCCCCGAAGACACUUUUGGGCCAUCAGAGGGAAUGACUCAGUGUGUGGGAACUUUUACGAAUUUGAGUAAAGGCUGGUGGAGGGCUGUGGGGGCCUCGUGGCCUGCAGUGUAUGAACGCUGCGCACAUUUGACUGCAUGCACGGGGCCCUGCGGAGAGUGCAUGCAGGGGCACGAAGGCCCGUUGUGUCAAAUGUGUUCUGAGGGUUUCACGAGGGACCUUUUGUCUCUUAGCAGCGAAUGCAGAAAGUGCCCCGCGGGUUGGCAAAUAGCCCUCAAGGCCAUUGGGCUCUUUCUCGGUUUUAUCAUUGUUGUUUAUCUCGUCAGCAUGGCCCUCGACUUCGAGGCCGAGCAGCGGCUUCGCGUCGUCACAGAUCGCAUUCGUUUUACUCCAGCCCUGAAACAGCUUUUGGCGUAUCUGGCUUUCUGGAGCUCCUAUGGGCUGUCUAGCCGGGCUGUGGGGCCCGGGGGCCCCCUUUUAGAAGGCAAAAUAAACAGCAGCAGCAGCAAAGUGGAAAUCUUUCAUGUUCCUUCAGACUGGUACCUCCGCUACAGAAACUUUUCAAGAAAAAUUGUCUCUUUUUUUGUUUCCGUAAGCAGCAGCAGCAGCAGCAGAAGCAGCGGCAGCAGCAGCAGCGGCAGCCGAAGCAGCGAUGGUAGAAGAGGUGGCAGGGAGGGCAGUAGAGGUGGGGAGUGUUGUGUUAGAUGCAGCAGCAACAGCAGCAGCAGCAACAGCAGCGGCAGCAAUAGUCAAAUAAAACAAGCAGCAACACCAGCAGCAGCAGCAGCAGCAGCAGCACUUUACCACGCGCCUCUUUCUUAG